GACACUUCUAUACUAUUUUUGAUUGGUUUUUAAAGAAUUUGACAUAUGUCAAUAUUGACGAGUUAAAAAUCAAAGUUUACAAUAGAAUUUUAAUAAAUGAGUACAUAAUAACUUUAAUUAUGUUAAUUUUUAUAUAAACAAUAUCAAUGUGAACAUAUUUCAUCGAUACCUUAGAAAAUGUGAAGAUACGAUCUACAAAAUGGAAUCUAAUAAAAAUGAACCGCAAAGAAUAGGAAGUAACGUGGAAUGCAAUGUAAGCUUCUUAGAUAGAAUAGAAAAACGAUCUUUCGGUUUAAGACAAUAUCAGCUUAGUUUAGACGACUCGAUAGCAUUUAAAUUAUACAGUAAUUUCCAUAAUUUCGACCUUGGUCAUAAAAUUAAUACCGAAAAAAAUUUAGGUGGUAUAUUCAACUUGGAAUUCAGUCUCGAUGGGAAAUUGUUAGUCGCAGCUUGCGAAGGCAAACAAGUUAUAACUAUAGAUGCUGCUAGUCAAAAAUUGAUUAAUACUAUCCCCGAUGCUCAUCAGAAUUGCGUAAAUUGUGUGAGAUUUUUGAAUGAUAAACAUUUUGCUACUUGUUCGGAUGAUACUUCAAUUAAAAUAUGGGAUAUAAGAAAGUUGAAAUAUUGUAUGAAGACUCUUCAUGGUCACUCGAAUUGGGUUAAAAAUAUCGAAUGGUCAGAAAAAGAUAACGUAAUGGUAACAUCAGCUUUCGAUGGUAGCAUAUACGCUUGGAAUUUGAAGAGCCCCAACGAAAGCAACAUGAUGUAUGAUAAAGUAUUUCUAAUGAACGGUCUAAUGAGAAUGAAAUUAACUGAAGACGGUACGAAAAUGGUGAUAUCAACAACCAACGGUUUCAUGAUUAUCAUACAUGAUUUAAAUCUUCUUACUUUAGCUACAGAUCUGAGGUCGUUCAGGCCUAGUUUGUACAGGUUGAUGCAAAUGAGCGAUCAGUGUUUUCCUGUCGGUACAGUUUACAAUUAUCUAUUUUCCCCUUUGAGAAAAAGAAACCGGAUCGAAUUCGUUGACGAUUUUCCUAACGAAGCGGAAGUUAUUAGUUCUUUACAGAUACAUCCGCACGGUUGGUGUGCAGUAUCCAGAAAUUUAAACGAUGAAGAAAACGAAGAGUGGACCACUGUCCAUGAUAUACAAAGUAGGGAUCCCAAAGAUUACGAGAACGCUUUUACUUAUGUUUCUGAAGAAUUACCAGAAGGAUCUGAACAAGAUAACGAAACAAAUAACCGUCCCACGGAUCUAUGGAUGGGUUAUAUUUCAUUGGAAGAAUACAGUAAUCACAAUAGAGAUUUUAGCCAAGUUACUCAGAAUAUUUUCGAAAAUUUUCAAGUGCCUACGAUGGGUAUUUUGAAUACAGGUCUUAUUGGUGUAAAUUCGUCUUUCAACACUUAUUUCCGUCAACAUCCCGAACAUAGCAACAAAAUCGUGAGGAAUCUACCGAGGAUGACGCACUAUAUCAAAGAGAAGAACGUCGGUAAAGGUUUCAUCAAAGAAUUGUGUUUUUCAUCGGACGGUAGAGUGAUUUGUUCGCCUUUCGAUCGAGGUAUCAGGAUGUUGGCUUUCAAUGAUAAUUGCAGCGAAUUAUCCUGUUGCAUACCGGAUAAUCCGCAACAACUCAAAACCGUCAUUGAAAUGAACGAUUAUCACAAAGACGUUGUAGUUUCUUGUAAAUUCAGUCCGUUACAUCAUCAGUUAGUCAGCGGUUGUUUGAAUAGUGAAAUUAAAUGGUACCAACCUGUGAUUUAAAAAAAAAAAUAAUAAUUUUUCUACGAUUGAGUAAGGUACCGGAUAUAUAGGGUAAGCACACUAAUUUUCGAAAUGUAUAUUGAAUCGAGAAGAAAAUUGUUGACGUAAAGUAAUCGAGGAAAGAAAAUCGAUUUUCCAGUAAUUGCUAUCGAAGGAAAUUCAAAUCGAAAUUGAGUAAAAAUAAAGAUACGUUUUUUAUAUUCGCGUGAUUCUUCUUUUUUUUUUAUACAGUUGCUCAUAUUUUUACUAAGUGUCAUUAAAAAAUUGAUAUUACACGA